AUGGCUACUAAUAAAACUCUUGUUCUUAAAAUAAGGAAUGAAUUUUCUACUUUUGAUGAAGCUUGUGUGUUUAUAGAAAAUUAUGUUGCACAAACCAACAUUGUUAUAAUCAUGGCAAAAACAACAAAAAAUUCUAAUGGUAGUGGUUAUAGACAGGUACUUUUUGCUUAUAAAAAACAGCAUACAAAUAAAUUUGCCAUAACCCGAUUACACUUGAAGCACAAUCACAAAAUUUAUUCAGAUGCUAGAAAGUUUAGUAGUAAUAUGCACAAAUUUGAUCAGGACGAACUAGGCACAAUUGAGAAGCUUCAUGAUACUGGACUUCAAACAAAGGAUAUAUAUGUUGUUCUAAUCUCUAUAAGUUUGAAAAUAUUGCAAAAUGAUGAAAACAUCAUAGCAAGUAUAGCAACAAAGCAUACAUAUAAUAAUGUGCAUGAUCAAGAUGGAUCUUUAUUCAAGCAAUCUUCUGGACAUAUUGAAAUAUCUGCAACAAAACAUCAAUAUGGUCAUUUUCAUAGUAACAAGCAUAUUCAUAGUGCAGAUGAGGUUCAAAAAGCUGAAGUUAAGAAAAAGAAAAAAGAUAAUAAUUUGCUACCACAUCUGGCUAAUAUGAAUUUUGAUUCACACAUUCCUCUAAAUGUGAUAUUAGAA